GACUUGGAUUUGUCUCUCUCCAGUCUCCAUGCUGUUAGCUCACGACCAAGGUGGCAAGGUGUGUGGAUUCUUUACGCAUCUUUCUCAUUUCACUGUCCUUUGUAGAAAACUCUUUUUAAAAUCUGAGACCCUUCAUUGCCAAGGUACGUACGUCGAAGAUCUGAUUCUCGGUUCUUGUUUUCCUAUUAUUCGUGCGAUUGAUCUGUUGAUAGAAGAAUUACAGUGUUACCGAGGAGGGAGAUUGAGUGGAAAUCGCCAAUAUUCUCGCGGUUUCUCUUCAUCAUCACCUACGGACCUACCAAAAAAUGCUGUGGAGGGAACGGUAUCUCUUCAAGACGUUAAAGUGGCUGAAGAGUUCAAGAAUGAACUAGCAUGUACAGUGGUGGUACCUCUUGCAGGAAGUUUUUAUAUGAAAUGCAAAAUUCAGGAAGGACAAAGGGCUCGAUACAUGAGACAGGCACUAGAUCUUGAAGCAGAGUUGACAGAUCUUGCAGCCGCAACAGGGAAAAAAGUGGCAAUUUCAGUCGAUCUUAAUCUUUUCAAACCUAUUAACGCUCAAGCGGUGUAUUAUGAUGAUCUAGGUGAUCUAGUCGCUAUGUCUAACCAGUAUGUUGGAAUCUGGUUCAAGGAUACCAUUCCCCGGGUCGUAGUGUGGGUGGCCAAUAGAGAGAAGCCCGUUGCAGACACCACGGCAAAUCUAGCUAUCACCAGAAAUGGAAGUCUUCUGUUAUUUAACGGCAAACAUGGCAUUGUGUGGUCCAGUGGAGUAUCUUUUGCUUCUAGCGGGUGUCGUGCAGAGCUUUUAGACAGCGGAAAUCUUGUAGUCAUAGAUAAUGUUUCGGAAAGAUUUAUGUGGCAAAGCUUUGAGCAUCUUGGUGAUACUCUGCUACAUACCUCAUCCCUGACAUAUAACCUUGCCACCGCUGAGAAGCGGGUGUUGAAUUCAUGGAAAAGUCACACUGAUCCAUCACGUGGCGCCUUUGUGGGCCAAAUUACACCGCAAGAGCCAUCACAGGGCUAUGCAGCUAUAACGCCAACAAGUCCUUUGUCGAUAGGACAAACUCUCACCUCUGCUAAUGGAGUUUAUGAAUUGGGGUUCUUCAGUCCUAAUAACACCAAGGAACAAUAUGUUGGAAUCUGGUUGAAAGGAACCAACCCCCAGGUUGUUGUUUGGGUGGCCAAUAGAGAAAAGCCUGCUACAGACUCCAAGGCAAAUCUUACUAUCAGCAGCAAUGGAACUCUUCUCUUAUUAGAUGGAAAUAAUGGUGUUGUAUGGUCCGUCAAAGAAACUUUCUCCUCUAACGGUUCUCAAGCAGAGCUUUUAGACAGCGGAAAUCUUAUUGUCAGAAAAAAUGUUUUGGGAAGAACUCUAUGGCAAAGCUUUGAGCAUCUUGGUGAUACUAUGCUCCCUUUCUCAACCCUGAUGUAUAAUCACACCACCGGAGAGAAGCGGAUGUUGACUUCUUGGAAAAGUUACAAUGAUCCAUCCCCUGGUGAAUUUACGGUUCAAAUUACACCGCAAGUGCCAUCACAGGUGUGUACUAUGAGAGGCUCGAAGCCUUAUUGGAGAAGCGGUCCAUGGGCUAAAACAAGGUUCACUGGGUUACCACAAAUGGAUGAUACAUAUACAAGUCCAAUUAGCCUUCAGCAGGAUGCAAAUGGGUCAGCAACUCUUACUUAUUCAGACAGAAACGUCAAACCUCCACGUAUGAUGAUAACAUCAGAGGGCUCACUGAAGAUUUUUCAGCAUAGUGGGACCGACUGGGAAUUAAACUUUGAGGCUCCAACCAAUUUAUGCGAAAUUUACGGUGCAUGUGGACCUUUUGGGUUGUGUGUAACGUCAGUACCUCCAAAGUGUAAAUGCUUCAAAGGGUUUGUCCCUAAAUCCAUUGAGGAGUGGAAAAGAGGAAACUGGACCGAUGGUUGUGUAAGGCGUACCGAACUACGUUGUCAAGGAAAUUCUACUGCAAAUGAUGCCAACGUCUACUAUCAUGUGGCCAACAUAAAGCCUCCAGACUUCUACGAAUAUGUCAAAGCUGAUGCUGAAGAAUGCUACCAAAGUUGUCUCCACAAUUGUUCUUGCUUGGCUUUUUCUUAUAUCAAUGGAAUAGGGUGCUUAAUGUGGAACAAGGACCUAAUGGACGUAGUGCAGUUUUCUGCAGGAGGAGAACUUCUUUCCAUUCGUCUUGCAAGUUCUGAAUUAGGGAUAACAACAAAAAGUCCUUUGUCAGCAGGACAAACUCUCAGCUCCUCUAAUGGUGUUUAUGAACUGGGGUUCUUCAGUCCUAAUAACUCUCAGAAUCAGUAUGUCGGGAUCUGGUUUAAGGGUGUCAUUCCCCAGGUGGUUGUGUGGGUCGCAAACAGAGAAAAACCUAUUACAGACACCACGUCAAAGCUCGCUAUCAGCAGCAAUGGAAGUCUUCUGUUAUUUAAUGAAAAACAUGGCGUUGUGUGGUCCACUAGAGAAAGUUUUGCAUCUAAUGGGUCUCGUGCAGAGCUUACAGACAACGGAAAUUUAGUUGUCAUAGACAAUGUUUCUGGAAGAACUUUAUGGCAAAGUUUUGAGCAUCUCGGUGAUACUAUGCUCCCUUUCUCAGCCCUGAUGUAUAAUCUCGCCACCGGUGAGAAGAGGGUGUUGACUUCUUGGAAAGGUUCCACCGAUCCAUCGCCUGGCAAAUUUGUGGGUCAGAUUACACGACAAGUCCCAUCACAGGUGCUUAUUAUGAGAGGAUCGACGCCGUAUUAUAGAACUGGUCCAUGGGCUAAAACACGGUUCACGGGGAUACCACUAAUGGAUGACACAUAUGCAAGUCCAUUCAGCCUUCAGCAAGAUGCAAACGGGUCAGGAUUGUUUACUUAUUUUGAUAGAAGUUUCAAACGUUCACGUAUAAUUUUAACAUCAGAAGGAUCAAUGAAGAGGUUUCGGCAUAAUGGAACGGACUGGGAAUUAAACUACGAGGCUCCAGCCAAUUCAUGCGAUAUUUACGGUGUAUGUGGACCAUUUGGGUUGUGUGUUGUGUCAGUACCUUUAAAGUGUAAAUGCUUCAAAGGGUUUGUACCGAAAUCCAUUGAGGAGUGGAAAAGGGGAAACUGGACUGGUGGUUGUGUGAGGCGUACGGAACUACAUUGUCAAGGAAACUCUACUGGCAAAGAUGUAAACAUCUUCCAUCAUGUUGCCAACAUAAAGCUUCCAGACUUAUACGAAUAUGAAAGUUCUGUAGAUCCUGAAGAAUGCCGCCAAAAUUGCCUCCACAAUUGUUCUUGCUUGGCCUAUGCUUAUAUCCAUGGAAUAGGGUGCUUAAUGUGGAACCAGGACCUAAUGGACGCAGUGCAAUUUUCUGCUGGAGGAGAAAUUCUGUCCAUUCGCCUUGCGAGUUCUGAACUAGGUGGAAAUAAGCGCAACAAAAUCAUUGUUGCUAGUAUUGUGAGCCUUUUUCUUUUCGUAAUACUGGCUUUUGCUGCGUUUUGUUUCUGGAGAUACAAAGUGAAACAUAACGAGAUAACAAAAGAGAGUCCUUUGUCAAUAGGACAAACUCUCAGCUCCUCUAAUGGUGUUUAUGAAUUGGGGUUCUUCAGUCCUAGUAAUUCCCAGAAUCAGUAUGUCGGAAUCUGGUUCAAGGGCAUCAUUCCCCAGGUGGUUGUGUGGGUGGCUAAUAGAGAAAAGCCUGUUACAGACUCCGCGGCAAAUCUCGGUAUCAGCAGCAAUGGAAGUCUUCUGUUAUCUAAUGGCAAAAAUGGCGUUGUGUGGUCUACCGGAGAUGUUUUUGCAUCUAAUGGGUCUCGUGCAGAGCUUACAGACAAUGGAAAUCUUGUUUUCAUAGACAAAGUUUCGGGAAGGACUCUAUGGCAAAGCUUUGAGAAUCUUGGUAAUACUCUGCUCCCUACGUCAACUAUGAUGUAUAAUCUCAUCACUGGUGAGAAGCGAGGAUUGACUUCUUGGAAAAGUUACACCGAUCCAUCGCUUGGCGAAUUUGUGGGUCAGAUUACACCGCAAGUGCCAUCACAGGGGAUUAUUAUGAGAGGCUCGGCACUUUAUUUUAGAACCGGUCCAUGGGCUAAAACAAGGUUCACCGGGUCACCGCAAAUGGAUGAAUCAUACACAAGUCCAUACAGCUUACAACAGGAUAUAAAUGGGUCAGGAUACUUUUCAUAUGUUGAAAGAGACUACAAACUUGCACGCAUGAUUUUAACAUCAGAGGGAUCAAUGAAGGUGUUACGGUAUAAUGGAAUGGACUGGGAAUCAACCUACGAGGGUCCAGCCAAUUCAUGUGAGAUUUACGGUGUAUGUGGACUUUAUGGUUUUUGUGCUAUCUCAGUUCCUCCGAAGUGUAAAUGCUUCAAAGGUUUUGUUCCUAAAUCCACUGAGGAGUGGAAAAAAGGAAACUGGACUGGUGGUUGUGUGAGGCGUACCGAACUACAUUGUCAAGGAAACUCUAGUGGCAAAGAUGCAAACGUCUUCCAUACUGUUCCCAACAUAAAGCCUCCAGACUUUUACGAAUACGCAAAUUCUCUAGAUGCGGAAGAAUGCUAUGAAAUUUGCCUCCACAAUUGUUCUUGUGUGGCCUUCGCUUAUAUUCCUGGAAUAGGGUGCUUAAUGUGGAACCAAGAGCUAAUUGAUGCAGUGCAAUUUUCUGCAGGAGGAGAAAUUCUUUCCAUUCGUCUUGCACGCUCUGAACUAGCUGGAAAUGAGCGCAACAAAAUCGUUGUUGCUAGUAUUGUGAGCCUUUCUCUUUUUGUGAUAUUGGCUUCUUCUGCUGCGUUUGGUUUCUGGAGAUACAGAGUGAAAAAUAAUGCUCAUAUAUCAAAGGAUGCCUGGAGGAAUGAUCUGAAAUCACAAGAUGUCCCAGGUUAUGGAGCUGGUAUAACGAGAGAAAGUCCUUUGUCAAUAGGACAAACUCUCAGCUCCUCUAAUGGUGUUUAUGAAUUGGGGUUCUUCAGUCCUAAUAACUCCCAUAAUCAGUAUGUCGGAAUCUGGUUCAAGGGCAUCAUUCCCCAGGUGGUUGUGUGGGUGGCUAAUAGAGAAAAGCCUGUUACAAGUUCCACGGCAAAUCUAACUAUCAGCAGCAAUGGAAGUCUUCUGUUAUUUAACGAAAAUAAUAGCGUUGUGUGGUCUAUUGGAGAAAUUUUUGCAUCUAACGGGUCUCGUGCAGAGCUUACAGACAAUGGAAAUUUAGUUGUCAUAGACAAUGCUUCGGGAAGAACUCUAUGGGAAAGCUUUGAGCAUUUUGGUGAUACUAUCCUACCUUUCUCAACCAUGAUGUAUAAUCUUGCCACCGGUGAGAAGCGGGUGUUGACUUCUUGGAAAAGUCACACUGAUCCAUCGCCUGGUGAUUUUAUGGUUCAGAUUACACCGCAAGUGCCAUCUCAGGCGUGUACUAUGAGGGGCUCGACGACUUAUUGGAGAAGCGGUCCAUGGGCUAAAACAAGGUUCACAGGGAUACCGGUAAUGGAUGACACUUAUACAAGUCCAUUCAGCCUUCAGCAGGAUGCAAACGGGUCAGGAUCCUUUACUUAUUUUGAAAGAAACUUCAAACGUUCAUAUAUAAUGAUAACAUCAGAGGGUUCACUGAAGAUUUUUCAACAUAAUGGAAGGGACUGGGAAUUAAACUUUGAGGCUCCAGAAAAUUCAUGCGAUAUUUACGGCUUAUGUGGACCUUUUGGAUUUUGUGUUAAUAAGUCAGUAGCUUCAAAGUGUAAAUGCUUCAAAGGGUUUGUACCAAAAUCCAUUGAGGAGUGGAGAAGAGGAAAUUGGACUGAUGGUUGUGUGAGGCGUACUGAACUACAUUGUCAAGGAACCUCUACUGGCAAAGAUGUAAAUGACUUCUAUCAUGUUGCCAACAUAAAGCCUCCAGACUUUUACGAAUUUGCAAGUUUUGUGGAUGCUGAAGGAUGCUACCAAAUUUGCCUCCACAAUUGUUCUUGCUUGGCCUUUUCUUAUAUCAAUGGAAUAGGGUGCUUAAUGUGGAAUCAAGACCUAAUGGACGCAGUGCAAUUUUCUGCAGGAGGAGAAAUUCUCUCCAUUCGCCUUGCAAGUUCUGAGCUAGGUGGAAAUAAGCGCAACAAAAUCAUCGUUGCUAGUAUUGUGAGCCUUUCUCUUUUUGUGAUACUGGCUUUUGCUGCGCUUUGUUUCUGGAGAUACAAAGUGAAACAUAACGAAAGUCUAGUUUCAGCCAAGAUAUCAAAGAUUGCUUCAAAAGAGGCAUGGAGGAAUGAUCUGAAAACAGAUGUCUCAGAUUUUGGACUGGCUCGGAUGUAUCAGGGAACCGAAUAUCAGGACAACACUCGUAGGGUUGCAGGAACUCUUUUUAGCUAUGCAGUGAUAACCAAAGAGAGUCCUUUGUCAACAAGACAAACUCUCAGCUCCUCUAAUGGUGUUUAUGAACUGGGAUUCUUCAGUCCUAAUAAUUCCCAGAAUCAGUAUGUCGGAAUCUGGUUCAAGGGCAUCAUUCCCCAGGUGGUUGUGUGGGUGGCUAAUAGAGAAAAGCCCCUUACAGACUCCGCCAUGGCAAAUCUAACUAUCAGCAGCAAUGGAAGUCUUCUGUUAUUUAACGGCAAACAAGGUGUUGUGUGGUCUAGUGGGGAAGCCCUUGCAUCUAACGGGUCUCGUGCGGAGCUUACAGACGAUGGAAAUCUAGUUGUCAUAGACAAUGUUUCGGGAAGAACUCUAUGGGAAAGCUUUGAGCAUCUUGGUGAUACUAUGCUCCCUUCUUCAACUUUGAUGUAUAAUCUCACCACAGGUGAGAAACGGGUGUUGACUUCUUGGAAAAGUGAAAACGAUCCAUCCCCUGGCGAAUUUGUGUGUCAGCUUACACCGCAAGUACCAUCACAGGUGUUUAUUCUGAGAGGCUCGAAGCCUUAUUGGAGAAGCGGUCCAUGGGCUAAAACAAGGUUCACGGGGAUACCGCUAAUGGAUAUUACAUAUACAAGUCCAUUCAGACUUCAGCAGGAUGCAAACGGGUCUGGUUCCUUUACUUUUUCUGAAACAAACUCCAGACUUUCACGAAUAAUGAUAACACCAGAGGGCAUACUGAAGAUUUAUAUGCAGAGUGGGACUGACUGGGAAUUAGAUUUUGAGGCUCCAGACGAUCCAUGUGAAAGGUAUGGUGUGUGUGGACCGUUUGGUUUCUGUGUUGUUUCAGUACCUCCAAAGUGUAAAUGCUUAAAAGGGUUUGUACCAAAAUCCACUGCGGAGUGGAAAAGAGGAAAUUGGACUAAUGGUUGUAAGAGGCGUACUGAACUACAAUGUCAAGGAAAUUCUACUGGAAAAGAUGCAAACGGUUUCCGUCCUGUUCCCAACAUGAAGCUUCCAGACUUUUAUGAGUUUGCAAGUUUUUUGGAUGCUGAAGAAUGCCAGCAAAGUUGCCUCCACAACUGUUCUUGCUCUGCUUUUGCUUUUAUCAAUGGAAUAGGGUGCCUAGUGUGGAACCAGGACCUAAUAGACACAGUGCAAUUUUCUCCAGGAGGAGAAAUUAUUUCCAUUCGUCUUGCACGUUCUGAACUAGAUGGAAAUAACCGCAAGAAGACCAUUGCUGCUAGUAUUGUGAGCCUUUCUCUUUUUGUGAUAAUGGCUUCUGCUGCGUUUGGUUUCUGGAGAUAUAGAGUGAAACAUAACGGUACAAAAUGAUCAUAUUACUACCGUUCUAUUGAUUUCUUUUGUUCAUUUAGAGUAUUCAUCGGUUACACACUAAUGACCUAUAUUAUCUAUUAUUGAAACUCCAGUUUCAGGUAAUAUAUCAAAGGCUGCUUC